AUGUCCAGAAUUGCAUGGACUCGUCUCAUUCGAUUCAAAGCCUCUGACGGUCGCAUUCUCCGAGGUGAGCCCAUUGUGUCCAAUGAGCGACCCGAUGAUUUCGACCUGGGAAAAACCAGUGAAGCCGAUCAACUACAGGCUCGUGUCAUCACUGGCGAAGACAUCUUCGAUACCACUGGCAAAACAAAAGUCACCGAUGAGGUUGUGUCAGUAGCCCGCUUGUUAGGCCCUCUCGAGCAAGCAGAGGUCCCGAUUCUAAGAUGCGUCGGACUUAACUAUGCAAAGCACAUCAAAGAAGCAAACCGUACUCCUCCGCCAUUUCCAUUCAUCUUCUUUAAGCCAAACACGUGCGUGUGGGACCACGGCGCCGAUGUUCAGAUUCCAAAAAUUGCACAAGAUGAUCAGGCUGAUUAUGAAGGCGAGCUGUGUAUCGUUAUCGGACGCGAUGCGAAGGAUGUACCAGUCGAUGAAGCAUUGUCCUAUGUCGGCGCCUACACAGCAGGUAACGACAUCUCGUCCCGCAAACUCCAGCGUGAUGCUGCUCUGGCCGGGCGUAUCCCGCAAUGGGGCUUCUCCAAGGGUUUCGAUACCUUUGCACCGCUCGGUCCCUGCCUUGUUCGCGGAGACUUGAUUGCUGACCCGAAGAAAUUGAGAUUGACCACCAUCGUAGACGGCGAGAUAAGACAAGACGAGCUGGUGGAGGAUUUGCUAUUCGAUUGUGCCUACCUCAUUUCAUACCUUAGUCAAGGGACGACGUUGCAGCGGGGCAGUGUUAUUAUGACAGGGACUCCAGGGGGUGUUGGUGCAGGAUUGAAUCCACCCAGAUAUCUUGUACCUGGGACGAAGAUGGAGGUCAAGAUAUCACAGAUAGGAACACUGGUUAAUGGUGUGAGCUUUGUUUGA